GGGCUUCAACGAGGUGCUGGUCCUAAUGUAGGUAGUAGUACAUAUAGUAUAGACAAAGAUAAAACCACAAUAUAAAUGUGUGCUGUCCAUAAUAAGUGAGUCAUUUGACUCACACAAUGAUGGUAAAUUGUAAAUAUCUAGAUAAAUAGCGCUUUGUUAUGCUCACAACAAUGACAAGAACUGUCCUAAAAUGUAAAAAAAAAACAUUUUCGUGUAAAGGUCCCAGCAGAUGAUGAUUGACAGGCGCUGUAGCGUUUUCCACCCACUUUUUCAACCAAUCAGAGCGAAGGGGCGGGAAGUCGCGCUAAUCUUUACAAAAUGGCGACUGUUGUUGUUUUGCCGCAGGGUCAGUGAAUAAAUCCGUUUUUCAUUUCAGUAAAAUUCUGCACUCAGCUGCAGAAACAGCGCUAAAAAAACAAGCCCAGGCGUCCCGAGGGUCGGCUCCGUGUGGACUGAAAUGAAAGGUAAAGAGCGGUCGCCUAUUAAAAAACGCUCCCGGGCCUUGGAUGAUAUUCGAGACAGGGGAGGAUGCCACCCGACCAGCAAGAAAAUGGGGGCUCUCUCCGUGUCCAGUGGGAGUAAUAAUGGAAAUAGCUCGACCAAAGGCGACGGAGGCUCGACGAGAAGGAGUCUGCUAGGUGAAAAAAGAGACAGAGAUUUCGACGGACAUAACAGAGCUGGGAAUAAUCACAGUUUGUCUGCUGCCGCUAGCUCCGUCGGUAAAAACCACAACCUGAGCCUGACGCUGGAUUUAGCCUCAGCGAGGACCAACUCACGAGGGGAUCAGCGGGUUCAGCCGCCCGGCGCCGAGAGUGAGUACAAAACCCUCAAAAUAAGCGACCUCGGCACCCAGCUGAGCGACGAAGACAUAGAGGACGGACUCUUUCACGAAUUUAAGAAAUUUGGAGACGUGAGUGUUAAGAUAAGCCGCAGCAACGACGAGCGGAUAGCGUUUGUGAAUUUCAGAAAGCCGGAGGACGCCCGAGCCGCGAAGCACGCCCGGGGGAGGCUGGUGCUGCACAACCGGCCGCUGAAGAUCGAGGCAGUUUACAUCAACAGGAGGAGAAGCCGCUCCCCCGUGGAGAGAGACUUGUACGGCGCAGCUCAAAGCCAUAGACACUUGCCUAGACCCCUGUCGCCCACCGGGCUCGGGUAUAGAGACUACCGGCUCCAGCAGCUGGCCUUGGGUCGGCUUCCCCCUCCCCCGCCGCCCCCUCUACCCAGAGAACUGGAGCGGGACAGAGAGUUUGCCCUGUUUGAAGCCAGGGCACGUCCAGCUUUCAUUGCAGAGCGAGCAGCUUUCCGUGAGGAGGAUUUUAUAUCUCCAGAAGAUGACCAAAGAGCCAACAGAACAUUGUUUUUAGGCAAUCUGGACAUAACUGUUACAGAAGCUGACCUGAGGAGAGCUUUUGACAGGUUUGGGGUCAUAACAGAGGUGGACAUUAAGAGACCCACACGGGGACAAAUCAGCACAUAUGGAUUUCUGAAAUUUGAGAACCUCGACAUGGCUCACCGUGCCAAGCUUAGUAUGUCUGGCAAAGUAGUGGGCCGCAACCCCAUAAAGAUAGGUUAUGGGAAAGCAACUCCCACCACACGCCUAUGGGUGGGUGGACUUGGACCUUGGGUUCCUUUAGCUGCUCUUGCAAGAGAGUUUGAUCGUUUUGGCACUAUAAGGACCAUUGACUACAGAAAGGGGGACACUUGGGCCUACAUUCAGUAUGAAAGUUUGGACGCUGCACAAGCAGCAUGCACGAACAUGAGGGGCUUCCCGCUGGGAGGUCCAGAGAGGAGACUUAGAGUUGACUUUGCUGACACUGAGCAUCGUUACCAGCAGCAGUUCCUGCAGCCUCUCCCAAUACCACCGUUUGACAUGGUGGCUGAGUCGUUUGUCCACCGUGCCACUCCUGAACCUCUGAGGGUCAGGGAACGGACUCCUCCGCCACUUCACUUUAGGGAGAGAGAGCUCUUUCCUGGAACCGAGUGGCCCAACCCGGCUAUUCGCGAUCGAGUACGUGCCUCACCUUUUGAGCCUCUGGAGCACUUGGAACGUGAACGGCGAGCACGGGAGCCCUGGUCUUUGGAACGAGAGCUGCAGGGACGAGAGCCCGCACGCAAGCGACGUGUAAUGGAGGACGGACGCCAUCUAGACCACUCCCCCGACAGCACUGAGAGGACAGUAAGGCGUAGGCGUGCUUCUCCAGAUGGUAGUCCUGGGGGUAGCAGCAGGGAUGGAGGGCGAUUCAGUGACUCAGAGCGCCCUCUGCGGGGCGAGAGACCCUCCCCGGCACGAGAACAUCACAGCAGCCUGGAAAGAGGUGGGGCUGAAAGGAGACUCAAAAGCCAGAGUCUCUCUGACAAGGGACCUUCAAGCAGCAGCGUUUCAGCUGUUGGAGAACGUAAGCGCAAAACAGGCGAUGGUGGUAAGGGGCCAGCCAAAAGAGAACGUUCUGAGAGCAGUACCAAGGGAGGCCAGCCACCCAAACCAGAUGGCACCAAACUCGGUUUGGCCUGGCAGGGCAUGCUGUUGCUCAAGAACAGCAACUUCCCAGCUAACAUGCACCUCCUCGAGGGCGAUCACAAAGUAGCCAGCGACCUGCUAGUUGAUGGCACAACAGGGAGGCAGGUGAGCGAGCUAAAGAUCACCCAGCGUCUCCGUCUGGACCAGCCCAAGCUUGAUGAGGUGUCCCGGCGCAUCAAGGUGGCGGGUCCUGGUGGCUACGCCAUCCUGCUGGCAGUUCCUGGGACCACAGAGGAUACAUCAUCAUCCGACCCUGCAGCAUCAACUCAGCGCCCGCUUCGCAACCUGGUGUCCUACCUCAACCAAAAACAAGCAGCUGGAGUCAUCAGCCUGCCUGUGGGCGGGGGCAGAGAUAAAGACAACACAGGGGUUCUUCAUGCUUUCCCUCCCUGUGAUUUCUCCCAGCAGUUCCUGGAUUCCUCUGCUAAAGCUCUGGCUAAAAGUGAAGAGGACUAUCUGGUCAUGAUUGUGGUUCGUGGAGCAUCUUGAAAAAAAAUCAGAACACACUAAGUUCAAGUGGUGUAAAAAAAAAAAAAAAAAAUCUGCUGUAUGUCAGUAACUAUUGCAUGCUGUGUGUUCUGCAUUAUGGGGUACACUAGUAUGGUUCUUGAGUGUUUGUAUGUUGCCAUGUAAUCCACUAAAAGUACAAACAGUGCCCUCCUACAAAACUAAAAGGAUGUGUGUUUUUGAAAUUAUUAAGGGUGUUUGAAUUGCUCUCAAGGUCAUAAACCUGCAGUAAUUCAGUCAGAAUACUGUAAAACAGUAAAACACGAGGAGAAUUUGUUGAAUAAAUUUUAAUUUAAGAAGUGAUAAGUUAUAUAGAAAACAAAGUUUUGGUUCAUUUACAGGUUUAAAAUCUUAGCUACCAAACUCCACUACAAGAAAAGAGCGAGCGAAUUUAGAAAUGCAAUAAGUGGACACAAUAACACCACUAUUACAAUGAAACCCAAAACAAUGGCCUCACAAGCUACUGUAGUGUUGAAGCCACAUCUCUCUGACACAGUGUUAACAAAAGCUGGAAAACGUACAAGCGUAACAAAGGUCAGUUUUGUUUCUGUACUAUUAUACUGUAUUGCCUCAGACUGUAUAGGUGUUGUUAUUGUGUCUACCCCUGAUACAGGUAUUUACACGAGGGGAAUCAGAAAACAUCCUUUUUCAAAAAAAAAAUAAUUACAGUGCAAUAAUAUUUUUACUAUUAUCAUUUUUUGGUGGAUGGAGACAAAGAGCGCAUGACAUUUUUGAUGGUAUUUAGUAAAGGGAAUUAUUUGGUACUGUUACAAAGCUACUCUCUCUGGAGAAAGAUUCCUGGUAGCAUUUUGAAGGUCAAAUAUGUUGCACAACUCUUCUUCAGCAUGCCACACUCCAUUCACACCAGAUGUGGUGUUUUUUUUUUGUUUUGUUUUUUUGGCUUGCCUCCCUCAGGUAGCCACCCUGAUGACAACAAGAUAGUUUAAAAAGUUUGGUGAGCGCAGUGUGGUGUGCUGUAGCAGAUUUAUGCGAUCUGUUCAAAUUUUUAUGGACAUCUCUAUUUACACGUCACACAUUUCAGUUACCUAUGUUGUGAAUUAUGUUUUGAAAAAUGACAAAUUAUGUUCAGGUUCAUGGUUUGGAUUUGAGUGUAUCUUUUAUUAAUGUGUUCCUCAGUGUUGGAACACAAAAUUGCAAGAUAGACAAUGAGCCCAGUGUGUGUGUGUGUGUGUCCACUGGUAAAACUAAGUUGUUAUGUCAACUCUAUGUGGAAUGCUGAAUACUAACAGAUGUGAGAUUUUUUUUUUUUUUUGCCCAGGGAACAGCCCAUAACACAAUACACAUAGCAUAGUCAAGCAAAUACUAACAUUUUUUUUUACUUUAUAUUUUAUUUUGUGCAUCCCUACCUUUUAGAAAUGGUUGUGUAAUGUGAAAAAACUACAGUAGUAAUGGGUAAAAACUUAGAGAGUUUUGUGUUGUUUCAUUUAUUACGCUGAAGCCAGUAGGUAUUCACAGAAAAAUAAUCUUCAGUAUCAGUAAAAUGUUGGUACAAAGUAACAAAAACCUGCUAUUUGUUCAAUAAGUUGGGUCUGUGUAAUUUAAAAAGUCUUAGAAACACUUCAGCAGUUAAUGUUUGAAUUUAAAUUUUAGUGGUCUAAAUUGGACAAUAUUUUACUCAUGCCUGCCAACAACAUGUUCCCAAGGCCUACUUACCUUAUUUUGUUUUGACAUUGUGUGUUUGUCAUGCAAUAGUAACACACCCUGCAUUAUAAUUUGCUGACUUUGGUUUGUAUUGAAAACAUUUAAUAUGUCAGAAAAUUGUUAUGUGUGUGUGUGUGAACAUCACACCCGCUUCAACGUUGGACUCCUGAGGAGACGAGCGCAGAGCUGAAAACCUCUGCAGAGAAGGCAACCUCUAGUGUUUGUGAGUCCUCACUAAUGAGGCAGCUUUUAAGUUGUGUGUCCCAUCUGCACCUGUGAUGACUUCUGUUUUAAGUGGAAAAUUGAGCAAUGUACACUUUGAUGUCAUGGGAAAAGGAAAAUCCGUAGAGCCCAUGCGAAGCUGUUCACAUACCUGCAAGUGCUUUUGGGCACCUAAUGUGACCGAUUAUCAAUAAAUUGUUCAUUUGAAGGGAAA